GGACGAUUUGAAGCGAACUAUGCAAGCCACAAGUGAAGAAAUUAAUUAUUUAAAACGUUUGCAUGAAUUGAAGUCAAUGAGGCGGCUUCGCGCAAUAGACUGUCAAGUUUUUGAUGUUCCAUCUACGAUUAUUGACGAUUUUCUCUAUCAUGGUAAUGUAAAGAAUGCACAAAACAAGGAGUUACUCAACAAACUCGGCAUUCGACACAUUCUCAGUGUAUGCGAUUUCUCAUUGAGACAAGAUAUAUUGGAUCAUUUCAACGUGCUAUGGAUCAAUGUAGAAGACAUAUCUGAAGCCGACAUUCGUCAACAUUUCGAUCGUGCCAAUGAAUUUUUGCAUGUAUGUAAAUCCAAGAAUGAGAAAGUUCUAGUUCACUGUCAAGCAGGUAUUUCUCGUUCAUCUUCAUUCGUUCUUUCUUAUCUGUUGAAGUAAAAAAAAAAAACUUUCUCUGCUUUUUGAAAAUUCAAUCUUUUAUUCUCAUUUUUUAGAUAUCAUAAUUAUACAUUAGAUGCAGCUUAUGAUUACCUGACCGAAAGACGACGCUUAGCUUAA